AAUCUAGAAAUGCAGAACCAGGUUAUAAAGUUAGUUUUCAUGUGAGCACAUCCGUUUUGCCCACUCUAGAAGCUUACCGAAAGCAGCAUUUGUUAUAUGCCAAAACUAAAGCCUAUUUUUCAAAAGAGCUUUUUAAUGACAAGUGGCUUUUCUGAACAUAGCGUGGGAGGCAGAGCUCACGCUGCAAAGCCUCGCCAGCCGGAACACCAGCAGUCGUGCAAGUCCGUUUGCAGCCAGCUGGCUGAAGGGUCCGUCCCUGGCCCCGCUGGCUGCGAGGGCAGAAGUGACGGCAUCCUCCAACACCAAGGCUCCGGCGAGCCAGGGCCCAGGGUUAGCUGCAGAAGAAGGAACCCUGAAGAGGAAGAACUAUGUCUAAUUCCAAAGUUCCACCAUUCAACAGUGAACCGUGCCUAGAACAGUGAUGGAUGGAAAAAGAAGAGGUUCCGGAAAAGACUUCUACUUGCUGGAAUUGUGAAUGUUCGAAAUAUCAUUUUGAACAUAUUGCAGCCGAAAGGAAUAAAUAUACUAAGAAGAACACUGACAGAUAAACAGAACAUCUCAAAAGAAUCACUGACUUAUUCUGAGAAGAUCCAAGAUAAAGGCAAAGAACCCCCAGAUAACAAACUUCAUGCUUUGAGAUCAUACACAAGUACAAGUGCUGAGUCACAAGGCAAGGUUGGGGACUGAAUGCUCAAGAAUGUUCUCAGAAGUUCUAUAUGAAAAAACUAUAAUGACAGUCACACGGCUACAGGCUUAUAAAGAGAGGAUUGUUAAGAUAGCAGUAGGGGCUAAAAAGAGUGAUACAGAGACAAGCAGCAACUUGAGGGAAGGAUAAGGGCUGAGCCUUUAUGGACUACAUUUGCUGAUAGUGUGGUCAAGCUCAGAAUAGAUCACUCAUGUUCACAAACUCCAAUAACAGUUCAUCAGAUGUUCAAAGAGACUGUGGAUAAAUAUGGGCCUCUCAGUGCUAUGGCCAGCAAAAAGAAUGGAGAAUGGGAAAAAAUCACAUUUGCAGAGUAUUACAAUCUUUCCUGGAAAGCAGCCAAAAGCUUUUUGAAGCUUGGUCUUGAACGAUUCCACAGUGUAGCAAUACUUGGAUUUAACUCUCCAGAAUGGUUCGUUUCAGCUGUUGGGGCUAUUUUUGCUGGAGGAAUUGUCACAGGCAUCUAUGCAACCAACUCUCCCGAGGCCUGCCACUACAUUGCUUAUGACUGCAAAGCCAAUAUCAUUGUGGUAGAAAAUCAAAAACAACUGGACAAGAUAAUGCAGAUCUGGAGUCGUCUACCGUGCUUGAAAGCAGUUGUGCUAUACAAUGACUCUUUGCCAGAGAGACAUCCCAAUUUAUAUACGAUGCAAGAAUUUAUGGAGUUGGGAAAUGAGAUACCAGAUGCUACACUCAAUGACAUUAUUAGCUCUCAAAAGCCAAACCAAUGCUGUGUGCUAGUAUACACUUCUGGAACAACUGGGAAGCCAAAAGGAGCCAUGCUGAGUCAUGACAAUAUAACCUGGACGGCAGCACAUGCCAGCAGAGCAGGGGAUAUGCAACCAGCAGAAAUCCAACAGGAGAUUAUAGUCAGUUACCUCCCUCUCAGCCACAUAGCUGCUCAGAUAUAUGACCUCUGGACUGGAAUCAAGUGGGGAGAGCAAGUUUACUUUGCUGAGCCAGAUGCUUUAAAGGGCAGCUUGGUCAAUACACUGAAAGAAGCACAGCCAACAUCUCAUAUGGGAGUUCCACGAGUAUGGGAGAAAAUCAUGGAGAAAUUAAAGGACACAUCUGCUCAGUCGGGAUUUAUGAAAAAGAAAGUGUUAUCAUGGGCCAUGUCCAUUAGCUUAGAGAGGAACCUAAGCUGCUCAGGAAGCAGUGACUUGAAGCCCUUUCGAACAAGAUUAGCAGACUACUUAGUACUUGCAAAAAUCCGCAGUGCUCUGGGAUUUUCCCACUGUCAGAAGCAUUUCUCUGGUGCUGCUCCUCUCACUACAGAAACUCUGGAUUUCUUCUUGAGUCUGAACAUCCCCUUGUACCAGGCGUAUGGGAUGAGUGAGACCACAGGCCCGCAUUGCAUGUCUGGGCCAUAUGUUUACAGACGUCGCAGCUGUGGCAAAGCAGUGCCUGGCUGCAAAGUGAAACUGGUGAAUGAGGAUGCAGAUGGCAAUGGAGAAAUUUGUUUCUGGGGAAGAACUGUUUUCAUGGGUUAUUUAAAUAUGGAGGAUAAAACAAAAGAAGCCAUUGAUAAUGAUGGGUGGUUGCAUUCUGGAGACCUGGGAAGACUAGACAAGGAUGGCUUCCUCUAUGUUACUGGAAGAAUUAAAGAGUUAAUUAUUACAGCUGGAGGUGAAAAUGUGCCUCCGAUCCCAAUUGAAGAUGAGGUCAAAAAGGAACUGCCAAUUGUUAGCAAUGCUAUGUUGAUUGGAGAUCAAAAGAAGUUUUUAUCAAUGUUACUGACCUUAAAGAGUACUCUGGACCCAGAUACAUCUGAUCCUACUGACAAUCUGACUGAGCAAGCCAGAGAAUUCUGCCAGAAAAUUGGCAGCAAAGCCACUACAGUGUCAGAGAUUGUGGCAACAAGAGAUCAGGCUGUUUACCAAGCCAUUCAAGAAGGAAUCGACAGAGUCAACAUGAAGUCCACUGCCAGUGUUCAGCAUAUUCAGAAAUGGACAGUCCUGGAAAGAGAUUUCUCCAUUUCUGGUGGAGAAUUUGGUCCUACGAUGAAAUUAAAACGACCUGCUGUGCUUGAAAAAUACAAAGAUGAAAUUAAUUCAUUUUACAAAGAAUAAAAUUAGUCUUCAUGCCAAGUAUUGUCUGCAAGUUUCCCAAGAAGCAAAACAAAUUCACCAACCCUGUGUUGCAGGAAACAGCUCCCAACAAAUGCAUUUGAGGAUUUACUUUUCUAGGCUAGCACACCUACCGUUUGUUUUGCACCCUAUGCAACAGGCAUUAGAAGAGAAACAUCCAUAUAAAGAUCUAGUUGUAAUUCUGCCUGCAAAGUAAUAAAAUUUCUUGCUACAGAUAAGUAUUCCUACA